AUGGCACCGUUUGAUCUGUCAGCAAUGAAUAUACAUCUACGUGGAAUCACUCAAGAUAUAAACCUUCCUCCAUUAAUCAAUACGCCAGAAGGUCUUGUUUAUUCUUAUGUGCCACCAUUUGCUUGGUUUGGACAUGAUAAUUCAAUUGGUGGUGAUGAUCCACAUGAAAACCCGGCCACAUUACCUCAUCCUAUAUUACCCGGACCAUAUAUUCAUCAACACUGUUCCCCAUGUGUACCAGGAGAGCGUGAUGCGUAUGUUAACGCUUAUGGUCAUUUACCACCACCAUUUGUUUUACCUUCAAUGAUGCCAUUACCAGAGUUCGGUCUAGAACAACAAUUUUUUGGAUAUCCAAUGACCGCGGCACAGCCGCAUAAUCUUAUUUCUGCACGUUCUCUACCUUUUGUAAAUGGUUUUAGUUCAGAACAAACGAUUUGUGAAACUACAAAUAGUGGAUAUGAAACAGAUAAUGAACUAUCUCAUUUUGAAGAUCACCAAGUUGUUGAAAAUGUUGGUGAAACAGAUGAAAAUGAUGUUUCUUAUGAACAUAGUAAGGAUGAGGUUGUUCAUGUUACUUAA